UUAUCCCGGCACUGACGCGAACACGUUUUUGCAAAUGCAAAACAAGACGCACAACUAUAAUACGGACGAUGAGGUGCAGCGAAAGUAACCGAGCUAUUAUGCCGCUGAGUAUAUAAGGCUCGGUCUAGAAAACGAAGCGGUUCAGUUAGUGGUUAUACGCCACAUCAAAACAUACGCGAACUCGACGAUGAAUAUCAAGUUGGCCAUCGUCCUGGUGGCAUUGGCCACGCAAGCUAGCUGCUCGGAGAAGGCAGCUGAGGAGAGCGCGUCACCGAAGGACUCCGUAGCCGAUUCUUCGGAGAAGAAAACGGAGAAACGAGGAUUGCACGGUAGCUACGGCGACCUGGGUGGCGGAGGAGGUGACCUGAGCGGGGGCGGUGUUUCCAGCUACGAUCAGCACGAGCACGUGAAGGCGGUGACCGUGGUGAAGAAGGUGCCAGUGCCGUACGAAGUAACCAAGCACGUGCCUUACUUGGUGGAGAAGCAUGUCCCGUACGAAGUGAAGGUCGGCGUACCCCAGCCUUACACCGUGGAGAAACACGUUCCUUACCCGGUGAAGGUGUUCGUGAAGGUGCCGGUACACGUGCCGCAACCGUACACCGUUGAGAAGAAGGUGCCUUACGAAGUCAAGGUACCGGUGGACAAACCGUACGAGGUAAAGGUGUUGGUGCCGCAGCCGUACACCGUGGAGAAACACGUACCUGUGCCCGUUAAGGUACCUGUCCCGCAGCCGUAUACCGUCGAGAAGCACGUGCCGUACCCGGUGAAGGUCAAAAUUCCGGUGCCGCAACCGUACCCAGUCGAGAAGCCGAUACCGUACGAGGUUAAGGUACCAGUGGACAAACCGUACCCGGUCACUGUGCCCAAACCGUACCCAGUCACCGUUGAGAAACCAUACCCGGUACAGGUAGACAAGCCGGUACCCUACGAAGUUAAGGUACCAGUGGACAAACCGUACCCUGUGCCGGUAGAGAAACCUUACCCUGUCCCGGUCAAGGUACCAGUCCCUCAACCGUAUACCGUCCACAAACCGGUACCAGUCGCGGUCCCAAAGCCUGUACCCUACCCUGUCAAGGUACCGGUAGACAAGCCGUAUGUCGUCGAGAAGGAAGUACCUGUACCGGUAGAGAAAGAGGUUCCGGUACCGGUGAAGAUACCUGUGCCAGUACCGAUUCACGAGGGACACGGAGGCAGUGGCGGCGGCGGCGGCGGUGGCUACGAAGGAUUGUCUGGAUACGGUGGAGACAGCGGCGGAUAUUUCUCUCAUCAUCGUUGAAUUCUUUCGCCGAUCGAGACGAUUUCUUCGAAAUGUUAAGAUUUUUCAUAUACGCGCUGCUGGAUCUCUGGGCAAUCGUCUCUAUCUCUUCGCGAAUUUAAAGCCGAAGAAACGCACCGUCGACGAAAUUCAACGUUUCGAUCGUCUCUUCUUUCUAGUAUAUAUUUUUAUUUUUGGAAAGGAAUAAAGAGGUAUCGGGAGCAUCUCGUUGUCUCGCGUCGUUGAGCACGAUAAAGUGCGAAACGGGGAGAGAGAACGAGGUAAACCGUUCCCCAAGCUUCUCGUAGCUAGUGCUUCUCUCAAGCGUAACCUGUCUUUCAGAUUUUUAGGUAACUUAGGAGGAUGCUCGUAACUGGGUGAUAUUAGCGAUUUCUUCGUGACAGCGUGUUCGUUCGAUCGACGUACCAAUUUCCUCCGAUCGAUACGCUUUCGAUGCGCCAAUUAGUUUCGAUCGAAGAGAUGGGUUUAAGGGAAGCCCAGGCGAAAAUUUUCCUUUCUCUAGAUUUCGCUCGACAUCUUUCGUAUCCGUCGAUUAGAUUCUUCAGCUCCAUCUUGCCAAUUCGAUAACGAACAUUCGAAGAGAACCAGAAUACUUUCAGUGUUGAAACGCAUUUUCCAAAUUUAUAUAUCGAUCUCGCGAUAUUUAGCGAGAUAGCACGAUUUAGCUAAAAAAACACGAGCCUUCUUAAAAAUCUAAGAAAUUUUAAACGAAAAGAAUUCGUAGAAUGACGUACGAUAGUUCUGUUUGAUUUGACGCGCAAAAUUUCUUGGAAAUCGUCCAUGUAAAAAUUCGCUAGUUCUGUGUCUAUGUUUAAGCUGUUCCAAAGAAAACACUAACAUUAACGGCGUUUAAGCGAGCUUUACGAGCAUAAGUUAGCCGAUGUGAAAUAAACGCCGCCACGUAAUUACGAUUUCGUUGCGGCGAACCACUUUUGUACCUAAUUUAAGUUAAGAGUGAAAUAGAGUGUCUUUUUGUAUCAAAGAUUUUUAAUAAAUACUCGUCUGUCAU